CGUUGUUUCAGUGGUGUAAAUUCCAAUUAUUUCCUUCUAGAUCUAACGGCAUUGCGGUAGAAUGACCAAGUAAAUGGAAUCACAUCUAUCACCCCCUUUUAACUAAAAAUAGACCUCCAUCGAAGAUAGCUAAAUGGUAUUGACAUGGGCGACUAUUCUUAAAGUGGGGACGCUGAUCUGGAGGGGGACCUGCACGACCAAUAACGCUCCAACUUAUGAUGUCAUCGGAGGAGGAGACAGAGUUCGGUUUGUAUACAGAUAAGCUCCUGAAGAAAUCUAAAAGAACUAGACAGCGUGUGGACGCCGGCGAGCCGCGUAACUCUUACUCUUCGAUCCCGAACUUUAGUUCGCGACCGGCUUUUCUCGGUGGUAGUAAUAAUAUAUACGGCGCCAUUUUUACCCAACAGCAACAGUUCGGUCUCUUCGGACCGGGGUUCGCGCCCGCAAAAAUGUUGAACGAACUCCUCGGUCGACAGAAACCCGAAAACGCCGCGGAAGGCGAAGACGUGAAGUUCGACAACGUGAUAAGGUGUGAUAAUAGCCCGCCCAGUGGAGAACAGCUCGCACAUCACAUGCUGCGGGAUAUUCUUCAAGGUAGGAAACACGAGCUUUUGGCAUUGGAACAGGACAUGCGCAAUGGACAAGACCACAUUAUAAACAACAAUAACAACGAACCAAAGACGAGUCCAGAAAGGAACGACGUCGACGCCGCCAUACCCGUAAAGGAGUGCCUCACGGAAGCUAGUGAUCGCGAAAGGCAGCAAGCGGAACUCAUGGAAGAAGCUCUCAACGGCAUGGAAACGGAAUCUUUACCAUCACCGAAAGUGGAACCGGCCAGCCCCGCCAAACCGGAAGACGCGAAAAAGGCACGAGUAGAAAACAUAGUAACAGGUAUGCGAUCUAGUCCGGCACCGCCGCAAGUUAAUGGCUGCAAAAAACGAAAGCUUUACCAACCUCAACAACACGAUAGCAAUGCCGAUAGAUACGUGGACGACGAAGAAGAAGAAAUAGAACCUAUUAGACAGAAACGUGUAGAAAAAAACAUUCUAAAAUCGCAACUGCGAUCAAUGCAAGAACAAUUAGCAGAAAUGCAACAAAAAUACAUGGCCCUUUGCAAUCGUGUCGAGCAAGGAUCAGAAGAAAGCCAAGAAAUCGAAGAAAUACCCAGUGAUAGUGAACAAAGUAAACGAUCAGCACCUCCUUCGCCGGUAACUAGGAGUACACCGACGCCCGUUCCGCAACCUACGCUGGCACAAGAGGUGAGCAAAAUGAAAAUUAGUCCUCCAGGUCCUCCAUUUCACAACGGUUUUUUACAUAAUCCUCAUCAACAUAUGAGCAACGCGGCGGCGAUGUACCUAGGCGUAAGUCACAAACUUUUUAUGGAACAAGAAGCUAGAUUAGCCAAAGAAGCGGCAGCUGCCAAUGCCGCGAGCAAUGAAUCACAUCACAUACAAUCAUCACAGCAGCAACAUAGUACUCCUAAAUCCGACCAUAUCCAAGAACGACUGAACAUAAUAAGAAACUUAAAUCCCAACGGAACAGAUCUGGAGGGCCUCGCAGACGCCCUCAAAAGUGAAAUAACCUCCUCCUUGUCGAACCUCAUAGACUCGAUAUUGCACCGAUUCGUUCAUCAGAAAAGGUGUAAACAACAAGACGCGGCGACCGCAGCGGAACAACUCAACAAAGACCUGUUGAUGGCAUCCCAACUUCUAGACAGGAAGUCUCCAAGGACCAAGGUGGCGGAACGACCACAAGCUCCGCCGCCACCACACAAUCACCAAAAUCAAAUGGUAAAUGGAAAUGCGGGUUGUCCAUCGAUGAUGCCCGUUCAUAAUAUGAAUAAUAUGCAAAAACAUUCAGAUCUUCACAUUCGACCUCCGAUGUUUCAGCCUCCAAAACCUCCAGGUAUUAACGCUCCUUUAUACGGAAUGACCCACCCCUUUUGCGUCAAUAAACCACAGGAACCUCCAGAGCAGAACGAAGCACUUAGCCUCGUGGUGGCGCCUAAAAAGAAGCGCCACAAAGUGACGGAUACGCGGAUAACGCCUAGGACAGUUAGCAGGAUUUUGGGGCAGGAUGGGAUGGGAAUGUCUCCUGCAGCCAUGGAACCGAACUCUUGUUCUUCUCCACGGCCGCCCCCAUAUCACCAGCCGCCGCCGAUGUUGCCCGUCUCCCUUCCGACGUCGGUGGCGAUACCCAAUCCAGGCCUCCACGAAUCUCAGGUUUUUUCACCCUACAGCCCCUUCUUCCAUGGACCAAGUCAUGGGCAUCACAUGGCCAUGCAGGCUUCCUCCUCCCCACCCCGAAUGCACAAGAUCGAGAGAGAAUCACCCCCCAUACACCAUCCCCCCACACUCCUCCAUCCCGCAUUACUGGCAGCAGCCCAACACGGGGCAUCCCCGGACUACGGGCACAUGAGGGCGCCAUCCAACGGCAUGAACAUGGACAACGGUGAUAGAAACUCAGACUGUAACUCAGGGGACAUUUCUUAUGAUGGAAUGCAGCCUACUAUAUCCUUUUUAUGCAAAGAUUUUAGUAAAAAUCUUAGUGCGCAUCAUCCCGGUAUUUCCUUAACUCCUGAGCACUCGUCAACAUUAACUCCGAUGCACCUCAGGAAAGCAAAACUGAUGUUCUUCUGGGUGAGGUAUCCGAGUUCUGCUGUCCUGAAGAUGUAUUUCCCCGACAUCAAAUUCAAUAAAAACAACACUGCCCAGUUGGUGAAGUGGUUUUCGAACUUCAGAGAGUUCUACUACAUCCAAAUGGAAAAGUAUGCCAGGCAAGCUGUUUCGGAGGGAGUCAAAAACGCAGACGACCUUCACGUUGGUGGAGAUUCGGAACUCUACAGGGUGCUCAACUUGCACUACAAUAGAAAUAAUCACAUCGAGGUUCCUUCUAACUUCAGGUUCGUUGUGGAACAAACGCUUAGGGAAUUUUUCAAAGCGAUCCAAGAAGGCCGAGAUGCAGAGCAAUCCUGGAAGAAAUCCAUUUACAAAAUAAUUUCGAGGCUAGACGAUCCUGUUCCGGAGUAUUUCAAAUCUCCCAAUUUCCUCGAACAGCUUGAGUGACGGGUCAGCGAUAUCCGAUCGAAAGCAGUACCCCAAAGUACUGCCUGUUAGCGGUUCCCAUUAAACAGGCCGCAACACCAAAGAGAAUCGGUGACGUAUCUCGCAAACUGUCAACAGUUUUCGUUGUUUUUGUUGGUUUUGAAGACGUCGAUGUUCACCAGAACCGCGCCAUCUUUGAACGCAUUCGAACAUUUGUUGAAUAAUUGUGUUGAGUUGGCAGAAAGACUUAAUAAUUAUAUGCCUCAGGCUUUGCGUUCGUUAAUUGCGAACAGUGAAUACAAAUCAAUCAAUUCUACAGUGAUUUACCUGAAUAUUUACCGGAUAACAAAUUAUUAAAGUCAAGUCCUAAGUUUCUACAAACCAGCAGUUAGCAAAGUUCAAAAUCUGCAUUGUUCUUUCGUUUACUUUUGGCAUGAUCUUGUUGCUGCCACUGUAAACUACGCUGUGUAUAUCUGUUUGUACAUAGAGACAAAUGUAUAUAGUAUUUAUCACUUAUUUUUAUUUAUAUUAUUACAUUCCUAACCAAAGUUAUAUUUUUGCUAGUCGUCCUAGGACUCACGUCCUAGAUUUUAUUUUAUUUUUAUUUUUUCCACACUAUGCAGCGAGAUUUUUGUACAAUUUUCCACAUAUAUAUUUAUCUCUCGCUGCAUUGUGUGGUUAGGUUUUUUUAAAGAACUAUUUAAUCUCUUUUUGUAUAAAAUACGAAGAGAUGUAAUAUUCUUGAACUUAUUAGGUAGAUAUGCCACUAUUAUUUUUAUAAGUAUUGAGUCUUUAGAAACAUUUUCUCUGAAAAACGGUACUUCCAUCUAUCGAUAACGCAUGAAAAUAUCUUUCUUCAUUGAAUUUGUUACCGUGUGUCUCUGAUAGAUGGUAGCACUGAAGCAGUAGAAGCAUCAUACACUCUUAAAUUUUUAUCAAAACCGUUUAAUUAUUGAAUUAAAAUACACACAAUAUUAGAAACUAAUUUUUUGAAUUGCGCCAAUAAAACAAAUAAUAUUAGUUUGACCGUACAUAAAUCAUUAUAGUAAACAAUUAAAAAAAAAAAACUCAAAAAUCAGAAACUUAAAUUAAUGUAUCAGUCCAAAAAUAUUGAUCACAUUCAUUCCUUUGUAAGAUCCAUUCACAAAAGCAAACUCUGUGGGGGAAAUCUUCAAGUUGUAGUUCUUGAACACAUUAAACAUGAAAGAGAUUCAAUUGUUUUCCCGCAAUGUUGUCCGUGCUUGUUUUUAAAUCUUCUUCAAUAACAUUUAAAAUAUAUUCUUCUAAACAUAGUUCAUUUUCAUUUUACCAAACUGAAAAAUUCACAGUCUCAGAUAAACACGAUACUGAAAUCACACGCGACUUAAUUACAAUUACCGGUAUUCAAUGAAUCGUGAUUUAUAAGAAGAAACCGAAAAAAAAAAAGAUAAAAACAUAAACAAUGUUAUUGUUUAGCUUAAUUUUUAAUGCACAAGUCUAGCUCCAGAUUUAAAGUUUUUAAUUUAAUAUUUUUUAUUUUUGAGUUGUUUGAAAAAAAAAAACAGUUAAAAAAGCAUCUAAUCAGUAUAUUAUUUAUAAAUAUUUUAAUAUGUACUAUUAAUGACAAUAGUAGUUUUUGCAACAAGAGUGGAUAUGAUGGCCAUAUCGCACGAAGACGAAAUUUGGGCACGACGCCGUAGGCUGAGUGCUCAAGAAUCUGGAUAUGGACAAUCCACUCGUGUUUUUACACAGGGGCGGCUUGUGGCCAAAAUUUUAGGGGUUCACAGUAGCAGAAUAUAGAUGUCGGUACAGAUAUAAGUAAAAAACUGUCAGUGUGUUGGAAAGGUAUAUUAUAAACUUUCUAAAACACCGAAAGUUUUUUUAUAUAUCUGUACUGAUAUCUAUACUCGGUCACUGUUAACCCCAAAAUUUUGGUCACAAGCCACCACUCGUUGUACAGUAUAUUUUUUCUACGACCCACUAACAGAAACCUACAAAUUAAAAAAAUAUUUUAGAUUAUUAAGAUAAAAUAACUUAUUUUAAAAUAAUUUAUGAAUUUUACAGAUUUUUAAAAUAAAAUAGAUAUUACGCUUUUACGAUUUUGGUUUUAAUACUCGUAAUUAAGAUAGUUUCACAUAGUUUGCAUACAAUUUAUUUUUUGUUUCAAAAUAUGGUUCAAAUAAAAAUCGAAGUGCUAUUAUUUACGAUUAUUUAUCGAUUCUACACAAAAAUAACUCAUUUUAUUGUAUAUUUAAUCUUAAUAAUUAAAAAAUAUACUGAAAAUUAGUUGGCCAAGAUUGUCACUUAUUUAAAAUUUUAAAAAUAAUAGUAUUUCAUUAUCCAUUUUUUGCAGUGUUCUCACUACAUAGAAUGGAUAUGAAAUAUAACCGUUCAGUUGAACGCAAUGACAUACUUUUUCGUUUUGUAGUCUGUGCGAAGAUAAGCUAAUAUCCAUGUGGGUGUAGAAAAAAUUAUUUUAAUGAUCAUCAAUAAUGUAUAUAUUUAUAUAUUGUUAAUAAUACAAAUCUUAUUUUCAUGAUACACAAUAACAAUAAAUUCAAUACAGCAAAUAUAGGAAAAAAUGAAAAAAAUCUAUGUUUUAUAAUUUAUUUUUAUUGGCUUAAUUCCAAUGACAAAAAGAUACAUACUUAUAUAUUUGUAUUAAAAUAUAAAUUUAGCUCAAAAAUAAUUAAUAAACUCAUAGGGUUAGGUAAAACAAGUUCACCAUUAUUUGGAGGACAUAACUGGAUAUAUCAAACUUGUUACAUUGCAGUAUCUGUUACAUUUGUUAAUUGGAUAUAUCACUUUGUGCAGUUUAAAAAUUUCCUUGAGCUAAUUUAAUUAUUUUAUACACCGUUCUUUCUAAAGACUCAAUAGUUAUCACACCUACAUCCUGUCGUCUCAAUUUUUUUAUUUAUUUUUGUAUUUAUUUCUGUUUGGACUAGUUGCUGUUUUAUUUUAUUAUUUUAUUUUUUAGCAUAUUUACCUAAUGAUUUUUUAAAUUUAUGUUUUAAGAUACACGUGCACAAACACUAGUGUAGUAAUACACGAUCUCCAAUCACUGUGUGAGGCAACUAGUCAUGUAUUAUGUGAAAUAUAU